UGUGACAGAGUUGAAUGUGACAGGAUUGAAAGUACAAUAUAACAGGGUUGAAUUUGAUGGGGUAGAAUAUAACAGGAUUGAAUGUGAUGGGGACAGUGUGACGAGAUUAAAUGUGACAUGCUGUGUGACAGGUUUGAGUGUUAAGGGGUUGAGUGUGACAGGGUUGAGUGUGAUGGGUUAAAAUUUAGCUAACAAUCAAUAAAUCCGUUUUUUUUUACUCCACAUUCUAAAAUUGUAAUUUUUGCAGCAUUAUUGGUCAUUUCCCUAAACAAUUGUUUAAUAUAAUUUAUUUAUAUAGCAGGGUUAAUCUGUUGAGUCCAAUAAUCAUCAUCUGACAAUUUUUUUUAUUUUUAAAGUGAAACUUUAAGUAAGAUGUGGGAUGCCUUUUCCCAAUGAUGAUGUAAUAGAAACUGAUUGUUGAAAACAAACUGGCGGACGUGUUGAAAUUGCAAUUUUAUAUAGAAUUAAAUUAUCUUUCGAAAAUUCAUAUAUAACAUAUGGUAAUAUUUGAAGCUAAAGUUCUAAAAUUUGGCAUUAAUUGCAGUUAUUAAUUGUCUGAUGUUUAUUGAUAGUGUGAAGAUAGUCAGUGAGGACAUGUAAAUAUGUUUGCUUUUUACUAGAUAAUACUUUUUUUUUUUUUGCAAUUUUGUUUAAAAGUAUUGUUUGAAGUAAUGUUGGGGGACUUAAAGGGCACCUGAUUCAGAGAAUCUCCUGUAUGGUGUUUUAAAAGAGACAGUUUCACCCUACUGAAUGAAUUGUUUGAGUUAAGAUGUAAAUUAAUUCAGACACUGCCUGCAGUGGUGAAAACUGCCCCAUUACUCCACCAGUUAACUGCCCCAUUAUCACACAUCGAGGACAACCAAUACCAAUUUCACCCACUAUAAAUCAGACCUUACCUCCAGCCCUCCUCACUUCAGUACUUCAGUUGCCUUGUUCACUCUUUCCCUCGAGAUGGCUACCUGUGAGGCCUGCAGAAACACAACAGAAACAGACGUUACCUUCUACAGGUUUCCUCAGGCUGAAGAGAAUCUGCAGUUAUGGAUAGUGAACAUGGGGAAAGCUGAAGGCUGGACUCCAUCAGAAUCCUCUUCCUUAUGCUCUGAGCAUUUCACCCCUGAGUGUUUCGAUGGUUCAGGAGAUCUUCUCUCAGAUGCAAUUCCCACUGUUUUCUCUUCAGAUGAACCAGUGGAAUUACCAGAUUUAAAAGAGUCUGAAAUUCAGACCAAUGAACGAGAAACAACAGAUACACACUCAACACACAACACCCCGGCGCAAACAUGUGAUUGUGAAGCACGCAUUCAAGCAAUGGAGAAAGCGUACAGACUGAAACUUCUUUCUGCCCAACUUCAAAUAAAAAAGUGCCAGAAGGAGCUGAUGGAGCAGACGCACAGGGCCUCUAAAUGGCAGAAGAAAGCGUUGAUUCUGAAGUCGGCUGUGAUUACAAUGAAGCUCCGCAAAACAGCCUCAGCAGCGUCCUCUGAGAAGCCUGCUGAUCCUAAACACUGAAGUAUAUUUAGAUCUGUUACAGUUACAGCAGUUACACAUCAUUUAUUUAAAGCAGCAGUCCUUAAGAUUUAUUUUAAUAAAAGCAGCAGUGUUGUUGAGUGAGGAGGGGCUACAUAUUCUACAUGUGUUAUGUAAUCUGUGUCCUGGACCAUCCCUCUAAUAUAUCCUCUAAUAUACAGUAAUCAUUCUACAAACUCUAAAGAAUGUUCUGGUGGGUUUGUUGGUGUCAGUAUUUCAUACAGUACAUUGACCUGCAGUAAAAAUACUCUUUCACAUGCUUUUUGUAAUUACACAUUCUCCAAAUCCCCCAGAACUACAGUCACUUCAAAAAUGCUUUAAGUAACCUUCAUAUCCAGCUGUUUAUAGAGACAGCUAGUAAAAUAUGUGCUGUUUUUAAAUAACAAAUCCUACAUCCACCCUUUUCCCAUUAGAGCAGACAUACCCUGAAUACUUCUCAUGCUAAAUGUAUACUGUAUAUAACGUGUAUUAGAUUCUUGUUAAAUAAAUUUAACACAUUGGUUAAUUA